UGCUACAACUGCCACACAACUGCAACCCCUCUCUGGAGAAAAGAUGAAGAAGGCAAAACCGUCUGCAACGCAUGCAGCCUGUACUACAAACUCCACAGCUCCGCUCGCCCCAUCAGCAUGAAAUCCAACAUCAUCCGCAAACUUUCCAGG